GGGUCGUCGGACGACUUGCUGUUGCCCAAAGCCACAGUGCAGAAAAUAAUUGGUGAGAUUUUGCCCAAAGACAUUGCCAUUUCUAAAGAGGCUCGUGAGGCCAUCACUGAGUGUAGCAUAGAGUUCAUUAUGAUGCUAUCAACACAACUGAAUGACAUUGCCGAGAAGGAAGCCAAAAAGACAAUUGCAUCUGACCAUGUAGUCAAGGCGUUGGAAGAGUUGGACUUCCACAACUAUCUCGAAAUCAUCAACAAGGUCUUGGGUGAGCAUAAGGAGUUGUUGAAGGGUAAAGAAAAGAAGAAUAACAAGUUCCAGAACUCAGGCUUGUCAGAGGAGGAGUUGUUGAGACAACAGGAGGAGUUGUUCAAAAAGUCGAGGGACAGA